UGGACUUUGGCCGACUUGGACAGGCAGGUGAGCCAGGCUGUGCCCAGCAAGCCGAAGGUGCCUGGGCUUGCUCAUUCAGUCACAGUCACAGCCACCAUGCCAGGGAGGACCUGGGAACUGUGCCUGCUACUGCUGCUGGGGCUGGGACCGGGGUCCCAGGAGGCCCUACCCCCACCCUGUGAGAGUGAGAUUUACUGCCACGGGGAGCUCCUAAACCAAGUUCAAAUGGCCAAGCUCUACCAGGAUGACAAGCAGUUUGUGGACAUGCCACUGUCUAUAGCUCCAGAACAAGUCCUGCAGACCUUCACUGAACUGUCCAGGGACCACAAUCACAGCAUCCCCAGGGAGCAGCUGCAGGCGUUUGUCCACGAACACUUCCAGGCCAAGGGGCAGGAGCUGCAGCCCUGGACCCCUGCAGACUGGAAAGACAGCCCCCAGUUCCUGCAGAAGAUUUCAGAUGCCAAACUGCGUGCCUGGGCAGGGCAGCUGCAUCAGCUCUGGAAGAAGCUGGGGAAGAAGAUGAAGCCAGAGGUUCUCAGCCACCCUGAGCGGUUCUCUCUCAUCUACUCAGAACAUCCCUUCAUUGUGCCUGGCGGUCGCUUUGUUGAGUUCUACUACUGGGACUCCUACUGGGUCAUGGAGGGUCUGCUCCUCUCGGAGAUGGCUGAGACGGUGAAGGGCAUGCUGCAGAACUUCUUGGACCUGGUGAAAACCUAUGGGCAUGUCCCCAAUGGUGGGCGCGUGUACUACCUGCAGCGGAGCCAGCCCCCACUCUUGACCCUCAUGAUGGAUUGCUACUUGACUCACACCAAUGACACCGCCUUUCUACAGGAAAACAUUGAAACACUAGCCUUGGAAUUGGACUUUUGGACCAAGAACAGGACUGUCUCUGUGAGCUUGGAGGGAAAGAACUACCUCCUGAAUCGCUAUUAUGUCCCUUAUGGGGGACCCAGGCCUGAGUCCUACAGCAAAGAUGUGGAGUUGGCUGACACCUUGCCAGAAGGUGAGCAGCAGGAGGGUGAGGGAGGGCUGGGGGCAGGGCAGCUGCACACCUGCUGUGUCAGGCUCUGGUCUCCUGUCAAUGGCUGCCUAUCCUGCAGCCGGGACUGGCUGGUUCCCUGCUCUGUCCUCACAGGAGACCGGGAGGCUCUGUGGGCUGAGCUCAAGGCUGGGGCUGAGUCUGGCUGGGACUUCUCUUCACGCUGGCUCAUUGGAGGCCCAAACCCCAACUCGCUUAGCGGCAUCCGAACAAGCAAACUGGUGCCUGUUGACCUGAAUGCCUUCCUAUGCCAAGCAGAGGAGCUGAUGAGCAACUUCUAUUCCAGGCUGGGGAACGACUCCCAGGCCACGAAGUACAGAAUCCUGCGGUCGCAGCGCUUGGCCGCCCUGAACGCAGUCCUGUGGGAUGAGCAGACCGGAGCCUGGUUCGAUUACGACCUUGAGAAGAAGAAGAAAAACCGGGAGUUUUACCCAACCAACCUCACUCCACUCUGGGCCAGGUGUUUCUCUGACCCUGGCGUGGCGGACAAAGCUCUGAAAUACCUGGAGGACAACCGGAUCCUGACUUACCAGUAUGGGAUCCCGACCUCUCUCCAGAAGACAGGCCAGCAGUGGGAUUUCCCCAAUGCCUGGGCCCCCCUGCAGGACCUGGUCAUCAGAGGCCUGGCCAAGGCACCUUUACGUCGGGCCCAGGAAGUGGCUUUCCAGCUGGCUCAGAAUUGGAUCCGAACCAACUUUGAUGUCUACUUGCAGAAGUCAGCCAUGUAUGAGAAGUAUGAUGUCAGCAACGGUGGACAGCCUGGUGGGGGAGGAGAAUAUGAAGUUCAGGAGGGAUUUGGCUGGACGAAUGGCGUGGUCCUGAUGCUGCUGGACCGCUAUGGUGACCGGCUGACCUCAGGGGCCAAGCUGGCUUUCCUGGAGCCCCACUGCCUGGCGGCCACCCUUCUGCCCAGCCUCCUGCUCAGCCUCCUGCCACGGUGACAGCCCUCCUCUCCUCACCUGGCCCCAGCUCCUGCCCCAUUAAACCUCUGCACCAGUU